GACGGUGGUGGCGGCGGCAGCGCGGGCCGGGAAACUUUGCCCCUUUGUGCGCUCCGCCCCGGAGGCGGCGGGCAGGCAGCGCUGCCUCCUCCAUCAUCCUGCCCCCGGAGGACAAGUACCAGGAGAAACUCCUCACCCUGCCCAGCCCCCACCACAGACCCACCUGCUCACCUCAUGCCUGGGUCCAGGGUGGGUGAGGGUGAAGAACCCACCCAGCCAAGAUGAUCCUUUCUCUGGGGACCGCUGCUGGUGUCUUGUCCCAGAUCCUGGGCCCCAGCAGAUGGGAGAGUGGCCCCCAACUGAGCCCUAUCAGACUGCUGCAGAGGAGGUGAAGAGGCGCCUAUCCUGGAGACUGGAGCUACUUGCCUUCACCCCUGUGCACUCUCGACUGUUUUAGGAAAGAAGGACCUGGUGGGGGCCUUGACAGGCAGGCGGGAAGCUGGACCGUGGCUCUCCUCCGGCACCUAUGCCCCUACCUCUGGCAGCAUCAUGAGCCAGUUUCAGGUGCCCCUGGCAGUCCAGCCGGACCUGCCAGGCCUUUAUGACUUCCCUCAGGGCCAGGUGAUGGUAGGGGGUUUCCAGGGGCCUGGGCUCCCCAUGGCUGGGAGUGAACCCCAACUUCGAGGGGGUGGAGAUGGGCGAAAGAAACGAAAACGGUGUGGUACCUGUGAGCCCUGUCGGCGGCUGGAAAACUGUGGGGCCUGCACCAGCUGCACCAACCGCCGCACGCACCAGAUCUGCAAGCUGCGAAAGUGUGAGGUGCUGAAGAAGAAAGUGGGGCUUCUCAAGGAGGUGGAAAUAAAGGCUGGUGAAGGAGCCGGGCCGUGGGGACAAGGGGCUGCUGUCAAGACAGGCUCAGAGCUCAGCCCAGUUGAUGGACCUGUUCCAGGUCAGAUGGACUCAGGGCCAGUGUACCAUGGGGACUCACGGCAGCUAAGCGCCUCAGGGGCGCCGGUCAAUGGUGCUAGAGAACCCGCUGGACCCAGUGUGCUGGGGGCUGGGGGUCCUUGGCGAAUAGACCAGAAGCCCGACUGGGACGGUGCCCCGGGCCCAGCUCACACUGCUCGCCUGGAAGAUGCCCACGAUCUGGUGGCCUUUUCGGCUGUGGCCGAAGCCGUGUCCUCUUAUGGGGCCCUUAGCACCCGGCUCUAUGAAACCUUCAACCGUGAGAUGAGUCGCGAGGCUGGGAACAACAGCAGGGGAGCCCGGUCAGGGCCCGAGGGCUGUUCUGCUGGCAGCGAAGACCUGGACACGCUGCAGACGGCCCUGGCCCUCGCUCGGCAUGGCAUGAAGCCACCCAACUGCAACUGCGACGGCCCGGAGUGCCCUGACUACCUCGAGUGGCUGGAGGGGAAGAUCAAGUCUGUGGUCGUGGACGGCGGGGAGGAGCGGCCCAGGCUCCCAGGGACUCUGCCUUCUGCUGAGGCUGGCCUCCCAGCGCCAAGCACCCGGCCAGUCCUCAGCUCUGAGGUCCCCCAGAUACCUCCCCCCGAGGGCCUGCCCCUGUCCCAGAGUGCCCUGAGCAUCGCCAAGGAAAAGAACAUCAGCCUGCAGACGGCCAUUGCCAUCGAGGCCCUCACACAGCUCUCCUCUGCCCUCCCCCAGCCUUCCCACUCCACCUCCCAGGCUUCUUGCCCCCUCCCCGAGGCCUUGUCCCCUCCUGCCCCUUUCCGGUCUGCCCAGUCCUACCUCCGGGCCCCUUCGUGGCCUGUGGUCCCGGCUGAAGAGCACGCGUCCUUUGCUCCUGACGGCCCUGCCUUCCCGCCAGCAACUCCUAGAACAGAGUUUCCUGAAGCCUGGGGCACUGACACCCCACCAGCAACUCCCCGGAGCUCUUGGCCCAUGCCCCGCCCAAGCCCUGACCCCAUGGCUGAACUGGAGCAGCUGUUGGGCAGCGCCAGUGAUUACAUCCAGUCAGUAUUCAAGCGGCCCGAGGCCCUGCCCACCAAGCCCAAGGUCAAGGUGGAGGUGCCCUCUUCCUCCCCAGCCCCAUCCCCAUCCCCCAUGCUCCAGAGGGAGGCUCCCGCACCAUCCACAGAGCCCGACGCCCACCAGAAGGCCCAGACCGCCCUGCAGCAGCACCUUCACCAUAAGCGCAGUCUCUUCCUGGACCAGGCCCACGAUGCCUCCUUCCCCGCUCCCACGGAGCCUCCUGCUCCAGGCUGGUGGGCCCCACCAAGCUCACCUGCCCCACGGCCUCCGGACAGACCACCCAAGGAGAAGAAGAAGAAGCCCCUGACACCAGCUGGAGGUCCCGUGGGAACCGAGAAGGCCGCCCCUGGGAUCAAGCCCAGCAUCCGGAAGCCCAUUCAGAUCAAGAAGUCCAGGCCACGGGAAACGCAGCCUCUCUUCCCACCUCUGCGGCAGAUUGUCCUGGAAGGGCGGAGGUCCCCAGCCUCUGAGGAUUCGCAGGCACAUCCACCUGCCCCUGUCCCCGCCUCACAGGGCUCUGCUGUCCCCCCGCCCCCAGAACCUUCUCUUGCGCUAUUUGCACCUAGUCCCUCUGGGGACAGCCUGCUGCCCCCUACUCAGGAAAUGAGAUCCCCUAGCCCUAUGGCGACCCUGCAGCCGGGCUCCGCCGGCCCUCUUCCCCCUGCUGAUGACAAGCUGGAAGAGCUCAUCCGGCAGUUUGAAGCUGAAUUUGGGGAUAGCUUUGGGCUUCCUGGCCCCCCAUCUGUUCCCAUUCAGGACCCCGAGAACCAGCCAACGUGUCUCCCAGCCCCCGAGAGCCCUUUUUCUACCCGCUCCCCCAAGCAAAUCAAGAUUGAGUCUUCGGGGGCUGUGACUGUGCUCUCAACCACCUGCUUCCAUUCAGAGGAGGGGGGCCAGGAGGCCACACCCACCAAGGCCGAGAACCCCCUCACACCCACCCUCAGUGGCUUCCUGGAGUCACCUCUUAAGUACCUGGACACACCCACCAAGAGUCUGCUGGACACACCUGCAAAGAGAGCCCAGGCCGAGUUCCCCACCUGCGAUUGUGUUGAACAAAUAGUGGAGAAAGAUGAAGGUCCGUAUUAUACUCACCUGGGAUCUGGCCCCACGGUAGCCUCUAUCCGGGAGCUCAUGGAGGAGCGGUACGGAGAGAAGGGGAAAGCCAUCCGGAUCGAGAAGGUCAUCUACACUGGGAAGGAGGGCAAGAGCUCGCGCGGCUGUCCCAUCGCCAAGUGGGUGAUCCGCAGGCACACGCUGGAGGAGAAGCUGCUGUGCCUGGUGCGGCACCGGGCGGGCCACCACUGCCAGAACGCGGUGAUUGUCAUCCUUAUCCUGGCCUGGGAAGGCAUCCCCCGCAGCCUCGGAGACACCCUCUACCAAGAGCUCACCGACACCCUCCGGAAGUACGGGAACCCCACCAGCCGGAGAUGUGGCCUCAACGAUGACCGGACCUGCGCUUGCCAAGGCAAAGACCCCAGCACCUGCGGUGCCUCCUUCUCCUUUGGUUGUUCCUGGAGCAUGUACUUCAACGGCUGCAAAUACGCUCGCAGCAAGACGCCGCGCAAGUUCCGCCUUGCAGGGGACAAUCCCAAGGAGGAAGAAGUGCUCCGGAAGAGUUUCCAGGACCUGGCCACCGAAGUCGCUCCCCUAUACAAGAGGCUGGCCCCCCAGGCCUAUCAGAACCAGGUGACCAAUGAGGAAAUAGCGAUUGACUGCCGCCUGGGGCUGAAGGAAGGGCGGCCCUUCUCGGGGGUCACGGCCUGCAUGGACUUCUGUGCCCACGCCCACAAGGACCAGCAUAACCUCUACAACGGGUGCACCGUGGUCUGCACCCUGACCAAGGAAGACAAUCGCUGUGUGGGCAAGAUUCCCGAGGACGAGCAGCUGCACGUGCUCCCCCUGUACAAGAUGGCCAACACGGACGAGUUUGGCAGUGAGGAGAACCAGAACGCCAAGGUGGGCAGCGGGGCCAUCCAGGUGCUCACGGCCUUCCCCCGCGAGGUCCGGCGCCUGCCCGAGCCUGCCAAGUCGUGCCGUCAGCGGCAGCUGGAAGCCAGAAAGGCGGCGGCGGAGAAGAAGAAGAUUCAGAAGGAGAAGCUGAGCACUCCCGAGAAGAUCAAACAGGAGGCCCUCGAGCUGGCCGGUGUCACCACUGACCCAGGCCUGGCUCUGAAGGGUGGAUUGCCCCAGCAAGGCCUGAAGCCCUCCCUCAAAGUGGAGCCACAGAACCACUUCAGCUCCUUCAAAUACAGCGGCAACGCGGUGGUGGAGAGCUACUCGGUGCUGGGCAACUGCCGGCCGUCCGACCCCUACAGCAUGAAUAGCGUGUACUCCUACCACUCCUACUAUGCACAGCCCGGCCUGACCUCCGUCAACGGCUUCCACUCCAAGUACGCUCUUCCGUCGUUCGGCUACUAUGGCUUUCCAUCCAGCAACCCCGUCUUCCCCUCACAGUUCUUGGGGCCUGGCACGUGGGGACACGGUGGCAGCAGCAGCAGUUUUGAGAAGAAGCCAGACCUCCACACUCUGCACAACAGCCUGAGCCCGGCCUACGGUGGUGCUGAGUUUGCCGAGCUGCCUGGCCAGGCUGUUCCCACGGACACCCACCACCCCACUCCUCACCACCAGCAGCCUGCUUAUCCAGGCCCCAAGGAGUAUCUGCUUCCCAAGGCUCCCCAGAUCCACCCAGCAUCCAGGGACCCCUCUCCCUUUGCACAGAGCUCCACCUGCUACAACAGAUCCAUCAAGCAAGAGCCAGUAGACCCGCUGGUCCAGGCUGAGUCUAUACCCAGAGACCCUGGUAAGAUGGGCAAAACACCUUUGCCCGAGGCUUCUCAGAAUGGGGGACCUAAUCACCUAUGGGGGCAGUACUCAGGAGGCCCAAGCAUGUCCCCCAAGAGGACUAACAGUGUGGGUGGCAGCUGGGGUGUGUUCCAUCCUGGGGAGAGCCCUGCCAUCAUCCCCGACAAGCUCAGUUCUUAUGGGGCCAGCUGCCUGACCCCUUCCCACUUCCCGGAUGGCCAGUGGGGGCUGUUCCCUAGCGAGGGGCAGCAGCCAGCCCCCCAGCCUGGAGGGCGGCUCCGAGGCAAACCGUGGAGCCCCUGCAAGUUUGGGAACAACACCUCGGCCUUGGCCGGGCCCAGCCUGACUGAGAAGCCGUGGGGAAUUGGGGCCGGGGAUUUCAACUCUGCCCUGAAAAGCGGUCCUGGGUUCCAAGACAAGUUGUGGAGCCCCCUGAAAGGAGAGGAGGGACGGCUUCCAACCCCGGGGGCAAGCCAGCUGGACAAAGCCUGGCAGUCCUUCAGCAUGCCCCUGGGCUCCAGUGAGAAGCUCUUCGGGGCCCUAAAGUCAGAGGAAAAGCUGUGGGAUCCCUUCAGCCUGGAGGAGGGGACUGCCGAGGACGCCCCCGACAAGGGGGCGGUGAAGGAGGAGAAGAGUGUCGGGGCAGAGGAGGAGGAGGAGCUCUGGUCUGACAGUGAACACAACUUCCUGGACGAGAACAUCGGCGGUGUGGCUGUGGCCCCCGCUCACGGCUCAAUCCUCAUCGAGUGCGCCCGGCGGGAGCUGCAUGCUACCACGCCCCUCAAGAAGCCCAACCGCUGCCACCCCACCCGCAUCUCGCUGGUCUUCUACCAGCACAAGAACCUCAACCAGCCCAAUCACGGGCUGGCCCUCUGGGAGGCCAAGAUGAAGCAACUGGCGGAGAGGGCCCGGGCGCGACAGGAGGAGGCCGCCCGGCUGGGCCUGGGCCAGCAGGAGGCCAAGCUCUAUGGGAAGAAGCGCAAAUGGGGGGGUGCCAUGGUGGCCGAGCCCCAGCAUAAGGAGAAGAAGGGGAUUGUCCCCACUCGGCAGGCGCUGGCCGUGCCCACAGACUCAGCAGUCACCGUGUCCUCCUACGCCUACACGAAGGUCACUGGCCCCUACAGCCGCUGGAUCUAGGUGCCAGGGAGCCAGGGAGCCAGCGUACCUCAGCGUCGGGCCCGGCCCGAGCUGCCUCUGUGGUGCUUUUGCCCUCACACCUGGGGGCGGGUUGGGGGUGCAGAAGUCUUUUUAUCUAUAUAUACAUAUAUAGAUAUGCAUAUAUAUGUAUUUAUGGUCCAAACCUCAGAACUGACCCGCCCCUCCCCUCCCCCCUCCCCACUUCCCCAGCACUUUGAAGAAGAAACUACGGCUGUCGGGUGAUUUUUUUCGUGAUCUUAAUAUUUAUAUCUCCACGUUGGUUUUUUUCUCCCCUCCCCCUUGUCUGGGGGGCUUUUAUUUCCUCUUGUUUUUAAAACUCUAUCCUUGUAUAUCACAAUAAUGGAAAGAAAGUUUAUAGUGUCCUUUCACAAAGGAGUAGUUUUAAAUUCCAUUUAAAAAUGUGUAUUUAUUGGAUUUUUUAAAAAGCGACAAUAGUAAUGGUAAAGGAGCGGCAGGAAAGGCCAAAAGCGCUCAUUCCUGCCCGGUCUUGCUGGGCCCAGCGAGCCUGGCCCUCUUGGGAGCUGGCAAGGUUCUCUCAGCCAUCUGCCCCUCAUGAGCCAAGUGCAGACUGUAGCCACCCUGGUCCAUCCCUCCUGACAGAUAUGCCUUCCCUUCAGGGGAGGGAGCCCUCAGGACAGCUUCUGUCCUCUCCAGUAGGAUGGGAGAAUCUGUAGAAAAACAUCUGGGGUCCCUUUUCCAGUCACCGGCUUGGAGUCGGGGACCGGGGAGGCAGGUGCGUCCCCAGGCCAGGCAACAGAGAUGCUGGCGUAGAUUUCCCCCAGAAACCAGGUUGGAAGUAGACAGCUUCAAGCUUGCUAGUCUCCACACUGAAUCUUCUCUGUCCGUUACUGAUCGAGUCACAUGAUGUCACGGUUCCCUAGGCAGCACCUCCUUGAUGGAGCUGGAGUUGAGAGGCUCUGAGGAGCCAUUUCCACCAGGUUGACAAGCCAAUGAAUACUGGGCUGAAGGAAUUCGUCUUAGUGGCAGUUUAUUUUUUAAAAAAAAUGCCCCAAAGCCUAUGCUGAUAUUGAAAAAGGGCUACUGUAUCUCGAAAAACAAGAAGUUGAACCCAAGCUGUGAAAAGCCAGCGUCGCCCCGCCGCUCGGCGCUGCGCAGAGCCUGGUGCUGUGGUAUCGUGCUGGGGCCUCCUCGACUCGGGGGCGGGCCGCGUCCUGGGGGAGCCCGGCACACCGGUGUAACAGCAGUUAACGCAUCUCUCUUCCUGGAUUUCCACAUUGGACAAUGGUGCAGGCCUCACCACCCAAGCCCGCCCCCUCCACGCUAUCACGGGCAGGGGCGGGCUUGCACUCAGCAAUCUUAAAAUGCAGGAGUCCAACGUUUUCAGCAGGUAGCUAUGAUUUCCCUCCCUAAUUGGUGCCAUUUCUCUAGUUGAUCAUCUUCUCCUUUCCCCUUCCCCCCACUUUAACUUGCCCAUUCUAAAAUUCUGGUGCAUUUGUUCAGUUCUUCAAAAUGAGAAUGUGGUGCUUCAUUUUUGCAACAUUGUGGAGAGCAGUUGGGCCUGACUGGUAGAAGCAACAGUCGUGGACAGCAAGUCAGACUUCCUGGCGUGUUUGUUUUUCCUGUGGUGUGAGUGACACUUCCAUCAAGUUGCCCGUGUGGACAUGUGUAGUGAGUGGGAGGCUUCAGCAGGACACACAGAGGGGAAUAUGGCCACACAGUGAAUGACAACCAAGCCCUGAGAUAAAUGUCAGAUAUUUAUUGAGCAGUUUUAUUCAGAUGUGGGUCUUCGUAAAACGAGUUUUAACAAUCAGAUGACGAUGCUAAAGGCAAGUUCCUGAGCUUCCAGGUGCCUUGUGUAAGAGCUGAGAACCGACCCGCUGGGUGUUUGCCGUAACUGGUCAGAAGCACUGGCGGAGAGUCGCUGUAAGAUGUCCUGAGCAUUUAUGUGGUCUGGUUUUAACUGUACAUAGUGAAAGAUUUUUUUAAGCACUUUUGCCUAGAUUUAAACAGCAACUUGAAAAAAAAAAUAUGUUUUAACAUGUAAUUGUGGGAGAAAUUGUAAAUAGUAGCUCAAUAUUUAACGUGCUUUGUCUAUCCUUCACUUUUACCAUAUUCUGUAAAGUUGCAUUUAUUUUACAGGACAAAAAUGAAAUAAUAUUGCUUUUGAAAUAAAUACCCAAGAGCUUA